AUGCCACCGGGGCUGAGCGCGACAGAUCUGAUCGCGGAGGACUUCCAGCCGAGCUAUGGCGGUCCGGAUGCGAUCACCAAGUUCUCGCCAGGCGAUAAUCAAGUCGUCGCCCAAUUGAAGCACCUCCAUGGGGUGCUCGGCCACCGCUGGUGGUUUUUGUCUGAGACCGUGCAGUCCAUGAUCACAGACGGCCGGUCUCUGAGCGAGCGCAAUCUUCGCUCGAUAUCGAGAGACGGUCCCUCGAGUGGGUAUCCGAUGGGGAAGGGAAAGGCGGUCAGGACAUCAUCAUGGCCCCCCGAAGCGUAUUGGCAACAUGCCCUAGAGAGCAUGGGUGUCAAUGAGCGGCUUUGCGAUGCUAUGAUGCACAGCGAGUACACCGAUCUGAGGAGGACACGGUCCGCCUCCUACUGGGUUCUGGAUACGGUCGGUAUCGCCUGGGAGUUCCACGAGGGACUUGAUAAGAGAAUCCGGAAGAAGCGGGAUGAGAGGGUUACCACCGUUGAUGUUCCGUUGAAGGUGAAGGUGAAAGGGAGCACUAAAGAACGUACGCAAAUGGCAGAAAUGGCCAAAGGACACACGGGGUGCUACUGGACCUGCAUUUGCUCCAAGACAGCCGACAGCAAUCUCCCGGUCAAAGGCACCCUCGUCAACUGGGGUACCGAGGCGCCGCACCCGCGUGACGUUCUUGAGUACUAUAAAAACGCCAAGUUCCCGCUCCCGGAUCCAUCCUCCGAGCCGAGCGAGGUCUACCUUCUCGCCAUACAUAGAAAGUGGAUGCCUCUGACAACGCCGCCAUAA